AGUGAAGAGCCUGCAACAUCAGCGCUCUACUGCCCUUGUGAUGGCGCCUGUGUGAACAACUAAUGACUAACUGCAAAUGUCUACAUAAAAUGUAUUUUGUACUCGUCUCAGCGUUGCAGUAAAUUGCUCUCCUUAACGUGGAUGUGCUUUGGCUUAAAGUGGUCUUACGUGUAAGGGUUUCAAGCCUCAGCAUAAAACGGGCUGUGCAGUGUAAAGUCAUCUAACACAAUGGCUCUCAAAGUGGAGUCUAGAGACCCCCCGAGGUCCUUGACGGUUCUUGGGGUGACCACCAGGAAGUACAAUUUUGGUUAUUCUAUCUGUAAGUAAAAUAACUACUAGGUCAAAGGUUUAUAUUUAAUAAAAAAACAUAAAAGCCAUCAUAAUGGGGGUCUGUGGUCUAAUUUGUGAGUUUAGGGGUCCUUGAUGUGGAAAGUUUUAAACCACUGAUCUGAAAGGGAGGCAGUAGGCUUACAAAGUUGAAACCCAAGUCCAUGUAUUAUGUCGUAGUGUUGGCUCCUGAUUUCAGUAAGGGGACAACUGAAGGGCAAACUCAAGCAUGUUAAAGAACCCUCAGUUGAACUGAGAAUAGGCCCUAUGCGCUUCAGUAGGCAUAUUGUGGUAAGACGAAAGCUGGUAUUUUUCCUCCAACCCAAAUUUCAAAACAAAGGGUCAUUUGUUAGAGCAGAAAUGUGUCGGUGGUAGCAAGUUUUGGUUCGUCGGCUGGGCCUACUUCCGGUUAAACUGCUUGUCCAAAAAUAUAAGCUAUGGAAUAUUUUAACAUGUUGUGACACCUCAUUUAUCUUGGGCCAUCAUACACAAAUUAGGGCCCCUUAUGGAAUUUGAUCUAUUGAUCACGAGUGACAUUACGUUUAUUCAUUUAGGUGACAGUUUUAUCCAAAGCACAAUUGAACCCGGGUCUCUGACACCAAAGGCAUGUGUUUUGUCCAUUGCGCUAUCACCACCAACUUCUACGGCGAGAUGAAAGGAGGCUGACUCUGUCUUUUACAUCAAUGAUGCUUGGUGCUCAAACACAUUCACAACAGACGCACACAAAAGUCAAACUUUUUAUGUGAAGAUGAAAACACAGCCACAUUAUCAUGCUGUUGACAUUCACCCCAGACGCAAAUUCAUAAAAUGCUCUAUGGAAUGGUCUGUGGAGUGUAUAGGCCUAUGUAGACUAAAUAAAUACCUGGAGCCUAUUUAUUGUUCUAUUGUAUUUUAUUUGUUUUAUAUGUCACCAUAUUUUAAUAUAACUUUAAUUAUCUGUUAGCUUGUGUAGCAUAAAGGACUACAAACUUUCUUUUCGUUAUACAACCUUGUGCUGUAUAAUAAAUAAACUCCCUGGCUUUAUUUUGAACUUGGCCUCCGCGGAACUUUCUAACCAUGCGGAACAAAAAGGGAGCACUUGUUUCUGGUAGGAACAGUGACGUACACCGGAAGUGUUGCGUUGUUUCUGUGUUCAGGAAGAAUUCCGCCCAGUGCUUUUGUCGCCAUGGCGUUUCAACAAUAGCGUUGCACUAGACGGUCCUGUUUUAUAAGACAUUUAAGUGGCUCAACAUGCCGAAGGUCGUGUCUAGAAGUGUCGUGUGCUCGGACACCAGAGACAGAGAGGAGUAUGACGACGGAGAAAAGCCUCUUCAUGUCUACUACUGCCUGUGCGGUCAGAUGGUUUUGGUGUUGGACUGCCAGCUGGAGAAGCUGCCCAUGAGGCCCAGGGACCGAGCCAGGGUGAUCGACGGGGCCAAACAUGCCCACAAGUUCUGCAACGUAGAGGUGGACGAAAACGCGUACAUCAAGAGAGCCGAGGGCAUCGAGAGACAGUACCGCAAGAAGUGCGGCAAGUGCGGCUUGCUGCUCUUCUACCAGCACCAGGAGAAGAACAAUCCGGCCACCUUCAUCGUGGACGGAGCGGUGGUCAAGUUCGGGCAGGGUUUCGGCAACACCAGCGUCUACAGCCAGAAGCAGCCGGAGGCUCCCAAGAAAGUCCGCGUGAUGAUGACCAAGCGGACCAAAGACAUGGGCAAGUUCAGCUCUGUCACAGUCUCCACCAUCGACGAGGAGGAGGAGGAGAUUGAGGCCCGGGAGGUGGCGGACUCGUACGCCCAAAACGCCAAAGUGAUCGAGAAGCAGCUGGAGAGGAAGGGCAUGAGCAAGAGGAGGCUGCAAGAGCUGGCCGAGCUGGAGGCCAAGAAGGCGAAGAUGAAGGGCACCCUUAUUGAUAAUCAGUUCAAAUAGAAGAGUCUCAAUGAGGGACGCGCUGUGACACAAUGUAAUCCUCUGAAGAUCCUCAUGCCCAGUAGUUUUUCUGUGGCGAAACAGCACUCCAGUACAUGGAGGGCAGUAUUUGGACAUAUCAGUAUAAGACUGGUGAUUUGUGUUGCCUAUUAAGAUGGUGAUGUUGUAGUGCUUUAAAUUAGUUUAAAAUGUUAUUUUGUACAACAAUUAAAAGACCAAAUGAACCUGUUUGGUAUUUUUUUCAAA